AUUAUGGAUAGUUACAAAACCCGACAAACCCAGUUUUGCUGUAAUGGAUGUCGUCUCAAAAAAUGUGAUAAUGAUCAUCUAGUCUUCCCUGUGAAAUUUCUCAUCAAAUCUGAUCCACAGUUGAACACAGUUAGCGAAACAAUAAUACUGAAAACACUGCCACCCCCAUUGUUACAGCAUGUUGCACAAAAAUUGGGGGAACUUGUGAUGCUACAAAUCAAUGCAACAAUAAGUGGAGAUAAAUCAAGAUGGCGACUGUGUGAAGACACCGGUGAACAGGACGAGUUGUGUGCUAAAAACACAAUUUUCAAUCUAAAAAACUAUACUCUCAAACAAUCAACAAGUGCAUCUGUGUGUGAUAGACUAUUAUUACAAACUCUCACUGAAUCAAAUGUAAACAAACAGCUUGCAACCAAAGAACUAUGCGUAAACAUUCUGAAAAAUAUCAAUAAAAGUAGUACCAAUACUACACCUAAAACAAAUAGAUUAAUAACUAGGUUCAAUAAUAGCUCUAAAAACAAUAAUAAUAUUAGUUACAAUGAAGCUCAAAUUUUUCAUAAAUCUAGUGGUGUUGUUGAAACAUGUAUAACAAUUGUGGACUAUAGUAACUUGUUGCAGAGAAUAAAUUCAUUGAUUGUUUUGUAUGCGAUAUUUGUUGAGAAACUACUGCAAAACUAUUUAGUGCACUGUUAUAAUCAAUUCCUGCUGUUGAAAUUAUUGACAGAAAGGGGAGAAGUUCUAGAGUUUGAUAGAAAAUUGGUGCCCAAAUUGGUUGUGAAUUCAAAAUUGGCGCCCAAAGUGGGACAAUAUCCAGUUUCAAAGAGUUUACUUCUGGUUUCGAAGAGGCUACUUCCGGUUUCAAAGAGACUACUUCCGGUUUCAAAGAGGCUACUUCCGGUUUCAAAGAGGUUACUUCCUGUUAGUGACAAUUGUGUGUGUUGUAAUAGGGAAUCCGUGAUUUUGUUGGGAGAACGUAGAGUUGAAAAAGUGCGGUAAUCAUAAUUGUAGUGUAUGUUGAGUGUUGUGAGUGAUUGAGGCCGAGUGCAGCCAACCUUGAGAGGAUAACGACUUCAGGGCCAUACUAUUAUGGUCAUGUCUGCAAGAAUGUAAUGGCAAGAGAGGAGCGGGGAAAGAGACCUUUCAAGAUUUGGGACAGUUGGCGCAAUAUAAGGAAAAGCCUUGUUGUUAGCAGUCUCAAGGAUCUUGAACUUAGAGGCCGUGAGAAGUUGCAGAUCCCGGCGGGGGAGAGUGUUCGACUGGUGCUCGAGUCGGAUGGCACCCAGGUGGAGGAUGGGGAGUAUUUCCGCACCCUGCCCAACAACACGGUUAUACUGUUGCUCAGACAGGGAGAACGCUGGUAUCCGACCGGCGUCGAUGUCAUCAGAACUGCGAUCUCAGCCAUACCGAAGAUAGUCUGCGAGACAAUCCAUGCUCUAGAACUGCAGGAUGAAACACCAUCCUGGAAGAUCAUGGACAACAAGGGAAGGGUCACAGUGGUACUGCACUGGGACCAGCGUCAGGCGGGAAAGUCAACCGGUGGAAGCGAAGCAGGGACAGCAGCCAGUAGUGGAACAGCAACACCCAAGAAACAAUCAUCCCUGGUGAUACAGACUAGUGUGGACAGUUUGGGUCGCAAAGAAACACUCAUCAAUGAUGUGUACCCAGCCAGGUACACAGCAUCACCACAGAUCACUGUCAUCAACCAUGAUGAUCCGGACCGGGGAGGACCAAUAUGGACAGCAAGUGGUCAUCCCCGACUCACCAAACAGGGGUCUUCCUUUGAAAGUGCUACAGCAAUUCAUGUACAUACCCCUGAGUGCAUCGAUCACUCCCACAGGCCGGCGGGGACAUCCUCACGUGCGGGGUCCCCUUCCAACAAUGCGUCAGAGUGUGACUUCCACUGUUGUGCGUUGCAUGAGGAAGGGAGGAAGAUCGCGGUGCACAAAUCGGUUGCGACGUCACCGAUCCAGGAUUCACUGUCGACAUCCCCUCAACAACACCCGUCUUCGAUUUCGGACGGAUCGCGGCGUGCCGCAGCCAAGGGACAUGUGCGUUUUUUAGAUGUGGAGGGGUGCACCAAUGCGGCGCGGGCAGGACCGCACCCCGGAACGUCCCGUGCGGCGACAUCGCAGCACCAGCACCAACACGACUCGUCGGAGUCAGAAACCGAGAACACAGUGAUCGAGGAGGAAGCUGUCACCACAGAGAAGUUUCUCCUGCUAAUCGACCAGCUGUCAGUCGACCAGAAGCGGCAUCUCACCAUCAAGGAUAUCGGCAUCAUUCUAGAGAGACUGAGCUCUAAGAUUCUGGAUGUGGAGCGGCUGGACAGGGAGAGCGAGGGUGAGGACUGCUAUAACUGGACUAUCAAGGCGACCAUCCGUGGUGAUGUCCUGAGGGAGCUGGGUGUCAUCUACAAUGGCAACUACUAUGCCAUCUCGGAACACCCUGGAUAUAAGGAGGAGAGUGAGGAGGCUCACGAUGAUGAGGAGGAGGUCGAAGAGGAGGAUGAUAGACUCUAGUGGCGGGAGGACAGACGGUGCACAAACAUUCGCUGUGACCAGUCGGCCGAGUGGUUCUCUAUGAUAGAUGGCUUGCUUGUUCAACCAGCACAAGAUGCAUACCUUGUUUUUGCUUUUGGUCAAGAUUUAGAAAAAUUAUUUCCCAAUGAUGAUAAAACGUGAUAAUUUAUUGAAAGAAUAAAGCUGUGUUUACAUCAAAGUUAUUAACAAAGAUUCAAGAUUCAAGAUUCAAGAUUUCUUUAUUGCGGAAAACAUUUGUACAAAAUGCAUAGCAUCGUCAUAAAAUAAACAUGAUAAAUACAAAGUAUUUACAUCCAAAGAAAUAAAAAUUCAAAAACACAAGCAUACAAACAGCACAAAAUACCCUCUAAUUAGAAUAGAAACUCCUCUUCCCUAUAUGGACAUAUUUGAAUUAAAAUAGUUUUUAUGCUCUCUUAAAAUUAUUCACAUCUAGCUCUUUUAAAUGUUCAGGAAGCUUAUUAUAAGCUCUUAUACCAAACUCCUUGAAGCAGUUUAAUAAAUUUCAAUAACUCAAUCCUU